AUGGGCGGUGCACAAGAGUGCUGCCGUGCCACCACUUUCUCCCUGCUGCACCUGGCCCCUUCUCUUCGCCUCAUGCUCUGGGAGCAUAGAGCUUGGACGAGCUCCUCCUGUGCUGCCCAGCAUGGGACCUUUCAGCGCGUUGGUUUUCGUGCUGCAGCGAGCAGCAGCGAUCCCUCGGCUGAGCUUCAGAGGAAGGGGCAUAGCUCAGUGGCAGCAGCCACAGCCACUUUUGAGCAUCGAGGGAUGGUGAUCACCUGGUUUUCAGCUGUGUGGACGCAGCGGGAGCACUUUUUGACCCCAGGGAUCCACCACUUAUCUUACCCUCAUGGGGAGUCGGUGAACGAUGCCAUACCCGAGGUAUUGUGUACCUUGCGGUACACAUCUUUUGAUGCAGCAGUUCACAUGAUGUCAGAAGAAGAGACAGACAAAGUCAAAAUUAGAACCACAUCAAGCUUUGAAAAUGACCAGAAAAAUUCUUCUGCAUUGUUGAAAGAAGACAGCUCCACCAGCUCCCUUCCUCUGCAAGUUCUUCCGAUCGUAAUCCUGAACACAACCGAUCACCCAGAAAAUCAGCUAACAAUUAAGGAUGAGAAACCAAUGAAAAGUAUUGUUCUGAGCUCAGUAUCUGAGUUUAGCAUCCCUGAUGUGCCAUCCAAAGACAACGAAAGGAAACAGUCAGAAUCUUGUACAUCUACAUUAUCAUCUCUUGAGAAAUGCAGGAAACAGUUCAGCUACCUCGAAGACAACACAUCAGUCCAUGAAAGAGACAGCAACGAUGAAUGUGCCACACUCAUCCUGGCUUGUUUGUUCUGCCAGUUUUGGGACUUUCUGUUCAUGUUGCCUGAUGUCUGUGAAAACUGGUUGAUGCAAGUAUGCUGCCCUUCCCAUAGAUAUCACCAAACCUCAAGUGAUGACCACAGCAACGGUGACUGCAGCUGUGACUGUGACAUAGAUUGCAGCAUCCUGGAAUCUUGUCAUGAAACCAGUGAGUGUCUGGAACUAGCUCUGGAGAUCUCUCAAGUCUGCUAUCACUAAUGUUGAAACAACUAACGGAAUUCCCAUGAACCUUCUUUGCUGAAACUGGCAUAACUCCCCGAUGAAUAUAUCCAUUGAAACAAGAAACAAAUACAAUACAAUACAAUUCCUAAAGAGAUCAUAUUU